UCUGGGGGAAGGUGGCAGGAAAAGCUCAGAACAGCUGCCGGAGGUGACGGAGCAGCCGCCCCGCCCGGUGCGCUGGCCGACUGAAGCUUCCAGCUCCAGACAUCCUGAGCCCAGCUACCCCCAGCUCAGUGCAGCCAUGAGUGGGGAGGUGAAGGUGACAGGGCAGAACCAGGAGCAAUUUCUGCUUCUGGCCAAGUCUGCCAAGGGGGCAGCGCUGGCCACACUCAUCCAUCAGGUGCUGGAGGCCCCAGGUGUCUACGUGUUUGGGGAACUGCUGGAUAUGCCCAACGUUAGAGAGCUGGCUGAGAGUGACUUUGCUUCCACAUUUCGGCUGCUCACGGUGUUUGCUUACGGGACAUAUGCUGACUACCUAGCUGAAGCCCGGAGUCUUCCCCCACUCACAGAGGCCCAAAAGAAUAAACUUCGACACCUAUCAGUUGUCACCCUGGCUGCCAAAGUCAAGUGCAUCCCAUAUGCAGUGUUGCUGGAGGCCCUUGCCCUCCGUAACGUGCGGCAACUAGAGGAUCUGGUGAUCGAGGCCGUGUAUGCUGACGUGCUUCGUGGCUCCCUGGACCAGCGCAAUCAGCGGCUGGAGGUUGAUUACAGUAUUGGGCGGGACAUCCAGCGCCAGGACCUAAAUGCCAUUGCCCGAACCCUGCAGGAGUGGUGUGUAGGAUGUGAGGUUGUGCUGUCAGGCAUCGAGGAGCAAGUGAGCCGUGCCAACCAGCACAAGGAGCAGCAGCUGGGCCUAAAGCAGCAGAUUGAGAGUGAGGUUGCCAACCUUAAGAAAACCAUUAAAGUUACAACGGCAGCAGCCGCUGCAGCUACAUCUCAGGACCCUGAGCAACACCUGACUGAGCUGAGGGAACCAGCUCCUGGCACCAACCAGCGCCAGCCCAGCAAGAAAGCCUCAAAGGGCAAAGGGCUUCGAGGGAGUGCCAAGAUUUGGUCCAAGUCAAACUGAAGGGACUCUUCGUAUCUUCCCUGGGGUUAUGGGGCCCCAGCUGCCUGCCUGCCCCUUAGGAGUCCUCAAAGAGCCUUCCUGUGCCCCUGGCCAGCUGAUAAUCCUAAAUUCAUGACCUUUCACCUCCCUUCUCUUCCCCACUCCCAAACAUAGAUCAUACCUCUCUAGGGAGGAAAUGAAUACAGGUCGUGUUUAUGUUGGUACUUUUUGCAUUCUGUGACUUUCUCAUGUGUUCCCAUUUUCCCCACCCUCUCCCUGCCAUGCCUCUCCCAUCUUUAAGAGAUCAGCCUCUGUCCCUGUCUAUUACAUCCACCAUUGAGUAGGUGGUAGCUUCUUGUCCAACAUAACCCACAAGUGUUUUUCUCCUACUAACCCUAACCUUGCAUGCCUGAUCCCCAAUUCCUACUCACUACUCCUGGCCUAUUUGGGCAGCAUUUGGAGAGCCAUAGGGCCCCACCUGUGUUCCCACCAUGAGAGCUCUGGGAGCCAGUUUGCCAUUCAAGAAGUCACUGGACACUUUCAUCUUAGAAUCCUAUCACACUACAAUUGUUUCCUUUCUUCUCUCUUUCCCUUGGGCCCUGGGAGUGCUGCUGCUUCGAUGUUCUGGAGCCCAAGAAGGACAGCUGUUUCCUUAGAGUUGAGAGAUGGUUUUUUCUUGGCCCUGGCUAUUUUAGAAAGCCUGAUAGCAAUCCUGGAAGGAUUUAUAUUUCUUUUUGUGAGUUUGGUGGGGAACGGGAGGGGAUAUAGAUUGUAUUAAAAAAAGGAUAUAUACAUAUAUCUAUAUGUAACAUGACAUAGAAAUAAAUCUAUGAGACAUCUAUCUACAAA